AAUAUCAAUCUUUUUGUUUACCUGUACAUAGCUGUUGUGAUCAUGGAACGAUGAUUUUGGGUGUGUAAGCGGUACCGUACUUUCAAUCUUACCUAUGCACUUUAGUGAGGCUGUUUUUAUCUGGUCAGUACCGACUUCUGCUGGUGAGGAAGCGUUGGAAACGCACAAAUGAGGAGUUGUGUGGAGCUGUACCCAUUUGAACUUGUAGUAUUAGUCAAGUGUUAAAAGCUGAGAUGAUAGUUUCUUGUGGUUUGAAUGUUGGCAAACUGCUCAAAGUGCUAAAUGAGGGGCUUCUCAAGGAAGAGACACACCUUGCACCUCUUUUGUGCUUGGUUGGAAAUGAGGAUUCAGAUGGAAUCAGUCUUUCAAAUCGAGACAAUAGCACAAGGUUUAUGCUGAACCUAAGCAGACAUUGUGGGUUUCACUCAGAGACAUACUCCCUUUCUGUAAACUUGCUUGAUCGCUUCCUGUCUGUGGUGAAGGCCAACCCAAAGUACCUUCCUUGUAUCAGUAUUUGCUGUCUGUUCCUAGCUGUUAAGAUGUGUGAGGAAGAUGAGGAUGUCCCAACAGCAGCUGAUUUGGUCAAAGUUAGUGGGCUACGCUUUUCUUCUUCAGACCUCUUAAGGAUGGAGCGAAUCAUUCUUGAUAAACUUCAGUGGAAUCUGUCAGUGAAUGCUUCAACUCCAUUGUAUUUUCUGCAAGUAUUCCACGCACUGUGCGUUUCAAAAGGAUUUCUUGACCACUGCCCAGUGAGCCAACAUUUACAACACAUCACUGCUUCUUUAGAAGAUCUCCUUUGUCACCACAAAUUUAUGUUCUUCAAGCCAUCGACUUUAUCACUGGCUUUGCUGAGUUGUGAGUUGGUGUAUGUUAGCAGUAAUUGGCUCCUGGCAACACAUUACUUGCAGCAAGAAGCAAAGAUUCUAGAUGCAGAACUUUGGCAGUGUUCUAAACUGCUUAAUGAACACUUCAACUCUGUUUCAAACAAUCACUUUUCCAGAAUCAAGACUCAGUCAAUAACUGAUAGAGAGGAUCAACCCUUCACAGUGAUAGAAAACUAAUUACAAGGUUAUGCAGCCAAUUUGUCUGAAAAUAUGCAACAAAGUUACAGUGUGCAGUCAUCUUAGAUGAAUGACAUGCAAGCAUGGAUUGGAACACCAACAGACCAACAAGCCCAUCGUUGAAGGUUCCAGGCGAGAAUCUUUAUUCUCACUCUAGAGUUUUAAACUUGUAUACCUUUUUAUGAGAAUCUACAGGCCUAAGUUAUAUAUCAGAUGUUUCUGGGUUAUCAGAGGAUUGUUGUUAGUGGUAGUUCAGACAUGUUUCACUGUGUGUUAAAAUGUAAAUUUGAAAUAUCUGUUUUUAUGGUAGAAAUGAAGGAAGAGAAGAAUUUACAAUGUAGGCAUUUUGUUAUAUGUGUAAAUAAUUUGGUAUGGAUUAGGAAAUAAAGGAAUUUUUAUUGAA